GCGUCCGUGACGUCAUCGCGCGGCUGCCACCAAAUGACGUCAUCGCCCAGACAGGAACGUCCCCUCGCCGAACGCAGCGGCCGCCUCGACUCAUCGCUGAGGAGAUCGUCGUCGUCUCACGAGAAAUAAAGAUAAAGAGAAGAGAAUGGCCUCGUACCGGCUGCGCUGUUCGAUCCCGGCACACGACAUGGACGUGCGCGGCGUGACGCCGCUGCCGAACGCGGCGAGCGGCGGUUUCGCUUCGGUGUCUCGCGACCGCACCGCCUGCCUCUGGGUCCCCGCCGCGGGCCCCGGGUCCGAGUUCCGCGAGGCGGCCCGCUGGAAGGCGCACGACGCGUUCGUGUCGUGCGUGUGCGCGCUGCCGCCCUCCGCCGACUUCCCCGCGGGCCUCGUGGCGACGGGAGGCCACGACGGGCACGUGUGCGUCUUCGCGGCCGACGCCCUCGGCCCCGCGUCGGUUCCGCUCUACCGGCUUGAGGGCCACGGCUCCACCGUGUGCUGCCUGGCGACGGGCGGCGACGGCGGCGACGGCGGGGGCGGCGGCGCCGUGCCGGCGUUGGCGGGCGUGCUCGUGAGCGGGUCGUGGGACGCGACGGCGCGGGUGUGGCUCCGGGACAAGUGCGUGACCACGCUGCAGGGGCACGGCGCGUCGGUCUGGGCGGUGAGCGUGCUGCACAAGCAGGGCGCCAUUCUCACCGGCUCGGCCGACAAAUCCAUCAAGAUGUGGAAGGCAGGCCGCUGUGAGGUCACCUACACGGGCCACGAGGAUUGCGUGAGGGGCCUCGUGGUUCUGGGCGGCGGCGAGGAGUUCCUGUCGUGCAGCAACGACAGCAGCGUGCGGCGCUGGGCGCUGGCGGGGCCCUGCCUCUCGACGCUCUACGCUCACACCAACUACGUCUACUCCAUCUGCCUGCUGCCCAACACCUCCGGGUUCGUGACGGGAGGAGAGGACCGCACGGUCCGCGUGUGGCGCGGCGAGGAGUGCGUUCAGACAGUGCGCCUACCGGCCCAGUCCGUGUGGAGCGUUUGCGCUCGCCCAACGGCGACAUCGUGGCCGCCACAGGACGGGCCGAACGAGAUUCGUGAUUUAAUUCCGUGCGCGUGUGUCUGCUGCCACCUGGCGUUUGAUUUUCGCUACUACACCUGA